AUGAGGUGGCAGUGCAUCAAAACAUUUCAGGAAGUGUACAUUGAAAAAAGAGAUAAGCCGUCUGCCUCGCAGGAGCGCCCCAAACGCUACCAGCGCUUUCGCGAGAAACGCUAUACUUGUGACGAAUGUGGCCGCUCAUUCACGCUGAGGCAGAACGUCCAGUGUCACAUUCUCACUUAUCACCUAGGCACUCAGCAACUGGCAGUGAACCGUGGCAAACGUUAUGUUUGCCUCACCUGUCAAAAGGUCUGUUUUCGGGUUGUUGCAAACUAG